UCGUACUCGUACUCCUAAUCAUAAUAUCCAGUCUGGAAACUUGAAUGAUGAAGAUUCGUUCUCCGCAUCAAAACUACUUGGAUCAGUGCAAUAUGUAUUGACCAACGUUCCUGUCACUCGAAGUGCGUCCAGAGGUAUUGAGGUUGCUAAUCCCAAUAUAGGUGCAACUUAUGAUUCUGGUAUUUGGAAUCCUGAUAAUGCUCCCGAUGCUCUAGAAGAAGAAGAUUUGGAUUGUAGACAACCUGAAGAGUAUGAUCAGGCAACUUAUGUAGACGACGAUGCUAGGGUGUUCCACGAACGAGAUGUACAGUACAAGACCUGUAGGGAUCCUGAUGUGGUCCCAUUAAACAAUAGUUCGUAUGAUGCAGUUUAUAAGGACCUGCCUACUAGGCAUUUUGUGCUAUGCAAGGUUCCUAUCUGCGAGUACUGUGGAGCAAAAAGGUUUCCAGGUGAAGGUCCUGGCUUUUGUUGCAGGCAGGAAAAAGUUAAUAUAUUUACAGUGUCGAUUUCUGAUGAACUACGUCGUCUAUUCACCAGCCAGAACGAUAUGGACGCGCAAUAUUUUAGAAACAACAUCCGGUACUUCAACUCACAUUUCUCAUUCACCAGCUUUGAUGCUUCUGUUGACCGACGGGUUACCACUGCUGCUGGUACUGGGGUUUACUGUUUCAAGGUGCAUGGCCAAAUUUACCAUAAACUUGAUCAAUUGAAGCCUGGAGGACAAGGACCGCGACAUAUGCAGCUUUAUUUUUAUGAUACAGAUCAAACUAUGGCACACAAAAUCAAGCGGUCUCCUCAUCUUGACUCAAAUCUAAUAAAAUCCAUACUAAGAAUUCUUGAUGGCAACCCAUAUGUGCGAGUUUUCAUAAGAUUGGGGCAAAUGCAGAGAUUGGACGAGUUCAAGAUUGAGCUGAACACAAGUAUAUCGGUUGACCAAUGCAGAUACAUUGCACCUGCAAUUGAGCAGGUCGCUGCUAUAUGGGAAGAUGGUACUGAUGAGAAACAAAAGUUUACUCGAAGUAUUAUGGUAUAUCCAAAUAGUGGGCAUCCACAUUUCAUAAGGGCGUAUUAUGGAUGUUAUGAUCCAUUGGCUUAUCCUGUAUUCUAUCUUGGUGGUGAGACUGGCUGGGAAGUUAUAAAAUCUAUAAAGUACAUCUACAAAUACAUAUACAAGGGAACUGACUGUGCAUCAUUUACAGUCCAGAACAGUGGAGAGAAUGGUCCUAUAGAGGUUAAUGAGAUCAAGCAGUACAGGAAGGCUAGAUGCAUCAUAGCUAUAGAAGCAGUAUAUCGGUUGUUUAGAUUUCCUAUGUACUCCAUGUCACCACCUAUUUUACAAAUGCAGGUGCACCUCCCUGGUAUGCAUAUGGUUCCAUUCAAUGAUGAUGACAACCUUGAAGACGUACUUGAGCGAGCUAAAUCACAGAGAUCAAUACUUACCGAGUUUUUCAGAAUGAACAUUGAAGAUCCAAAUGCACGAAAAUAUCUAUACCGAGAAUUCCCGGAACAUUAUACUUGGAAUAAGUCUAAGAAACUGUGGAAGCCUAGGAAAAGGUGUUUUCAGAUCGGGAGGCUGGUAUAUGCAUAUCCUUCUGAAGGUGAAAUAUAUUACCUUCGGAUGCUUCUAAACCAUGUCAGGGGUCCAACUUCAUUUGAUUCAGUUAGAUCUGUUUGUGGUGUAGUCAAGGCAAGUUUUAAAGAUGCAUGUGAAGAACUUGGUCUUGCUGAGACUGAUAGGUCUCUAGAUGAAGCACUAACUGAAGCUAGAGCCUUUCAAAUGCCUUCUGCUCUUAGAAGAAUGUUUGCCACCAUUAUUGUGUUCUGUGAAUACACCAAUAUCCGUGCUCUAUGGGACAAACAUGUGGAAGCUUUGGGUGAGGACUAUCGUCGUGUGCAUGGAAACUCAAUCUAUGCACAACAAUUAGUGUUGCGUGACAUAGCAGAUAUUGUACGCUCUAUGGGAAAGGAUAUUAAAAGUUACGGUCUUCCUAACAUUGAUGAAUCAGGUGGGUUUACUGCUAUGGAGAUACUGAAUUUUUUGUAUAAUAAAUAA